GUUCGAAUAGCAAGAUCAAUAAAUGAAGUGCAUUUUAGGAAUAUUGUGUUUGCUGGCUUGGAGAGCAGCCACUGCAGCACCUGCAACGGAUACCGAUUACAUUUCAACUGAUGAGUUUGCCAAAUGCUCAACCGAAGAUGAUCACGUCGGGGAUUGCAUCAAGGACAUUAUAAAUGGGCUAAUACCUCGUCUGCAGAAUGGAAAUCCUAAACUAAAAAUACCUCCAUACGAGCCAUUUUUACUCAAUCGCACAAGUUUUCGAUACGAAAGUGGCGCGGUGAAGGGUCGCAUUAGUGUACGAAAUGUUAAAAUCUAUGGCUUUGGUCUCUAUAGGGCCAAAGAAGUUAGCCUCAAGAUCAAGGGCGAUAAAAUAAAACUUCGGCUUGUCGGAGAAAUGCCAAAGAUGAACAUUUUGGGCAACUACAAGGCGGACAUGCAGGUUAAUCAACUACAAUUGAAGCCCAAAGGCGACUUUAAUGUCACAUUGUUUGAUGUUGAAAUAACGACCGGAACAGAAGGUGAAAUCUAUCGGAAGGAUGGCAAGCGAUUUGUGCGAUUAGACGAAAUCGAUUCCACUCCCAAAAUCGGAGACUUGACCAUCAAGGCUAAUGGCAUUUUCCCAGAUCCCGAAUUGGAUCAAAUUGCUUUAAAUGUGGCGAAUCAGUAUUGGCGCGAUAUAUAUGGAAUUAUUUUACCCGAGACUCGUCAAUAUUGGCAGCCCCUCAUUCUACGUAUGCUGAACGAGUCUUUGCAACAAAUUCCCAUUGAUCAGUUUCUCAAGGAAUAAAUAUAACAUUAUAAACUGA